AUGUCAUGUAAAAAGGGUGCAAAUUGGACAGAUGGUGAAACACGAACGUUUCUCGAACUGGUCACGGAAAAAAGUAUUUUAAGUAUAAUUGAUGGAAAGAAACAUCGGCAUGUAGAGAUUUUCCGAAUGCUGGUACCCGAAAUGCAAGCAAAAGGUUAUGAAAAAACAGCCGAGCAAAUAAAAUUAAAAUUAAAAAAUUUGAAAGCAGCAUAUUUCAAAUGUAAAAGAAAUAAUAAUGUCAGUGGUGCUGCUCCCUCAACGUGUCCAUUCUACAACGAGUUAGAUAUAUUAUAUGGAGGCAGGCCAAGUGCCCUAGCUAGCAGCAGCGAUGAUCAAGUAGGAAUAAACACCGCUGAAAUAAAUGAGGAAGAAGUUAAUAACGAGAAUGAUUCAAUAAAUUGUACAACUGCUGAAGAGACUGAUGAAAUGUUAGAUAAGGAAAAUGAAGUCCCACCAGCCAAAAAACAGAAACGAACAAAAACUUCUGGAAGAAAAAGUUAUGAAGUAAUGCUGCAAAGUCAUACUGACAAGUGGUUGAAAAACCAAAAAGAAUUACUUAACAGCAUUACAAACAAGCAGAUGGAACUCCAAAAACAAAUGGUCCAUGACGAGAUGAUGGAGCAGAGAAAGUGGGAAGAAGAGGAGUUAGAAAAAGAGCGAAAAUUUCAAAGUCAGCAAACAAGCUUGAUUCUGGCUGCAUUUACUAACAGUAUGCAGGGUAUCAGAUCUCAAACCCCUGCUCGUUCUACACAAAGCACCUUGAAGCCGCUGAAACUUAUUCCG